UGUGUGUGUGUGUGUGUGUGUGUGUGUGUGUCGCAUUAACAAAACAAAAACGAAUGGAAACAAAAAUUAAACAAACAACGUCACCACGUUGAUAAACGACUCUCCUUUAAAUUUUUUAUCCGAUAAAAUCAGGACAGGCAAAUUAUGUCGUCGAUGUUACGCUGCCUCCCCGUCUGUCUGUGGGGCGUUCAAUCAAAGACGCUCACUUUGACAUAGCCAUAAUAGACCAGGAUAUGAUCCAGUGGUGGUUGUUGUUGUUACUGCUUUUCAGCCAUUUAUAAAACAUGAAACAUGAAACACGAAACACGAAACACGAAACACCGAUAUCAUUUAUUAAAUACAAUUAUUAUCGUUUAUAUCCGUUUGGAGAGUGUUUCGCCUGUGUGCCUAAAAGACAACAUUUACACACAGGCAAUCAGAAAAGUGUUUCGUUUUUGUUUCGCUUCACAAUGCUUUUCAGGGAUUAUUUCAAAAAACAUUUCAUUUUGACCAUUCGAACUCAAUUCAACGGUAUUGUUUCGUUGUUUCCAAAUCAUCAGUCAGAAGUCGUUAUGUAACACAAUCAAAAUAUUAAAUGAUAAAUUUGAUGAACUACAUUCCAUCUCCGUAUUUCAUUUCUCAUCCAUCCAAAUAAACAGCCCCUCACGCUAGGACUUAAACGACCCCAUUACAUUGAAUUAAUCAUCAGAUUAUUUCAAUUGCACAGCAAAUUCCGAAGUGAUGAUUUGGCCAAAGUAACAAAUGUAAAACGCCAACGACUGCGAACAAAACAUCCGCUCAACAGAUAUAUUCUUGAAGAAAUCAAAGCAAAGCAACAGCAACAAAAAUCAAAAUGCCAAUUUCAAUCAUCACAUAGAGUAACACAAUAAUGUGAUACGGUCAUCGAAUGUUUAUUGUGCUUUUCAUGGACAAAGUUUGACAUUAAACUAACAAAAAAAAGGAGCAAACAAUAGAAUUUCGUUUUGUACAAAUACACAACUCGCAUUCAGUUUGAUCGCCGUAAGCAGCACAACCCCAAAGACUAAACCAUAUCGUUAAUAAAAUGGAUGAAGACAUUGAAACGAUAACUCCAAUCUACUUCGAUAUUGCCAAAAUAGACAUUUUAUCUACAUAAGAUCUCUCAGAACGUAACGAGAAAGCAAAUUAUCAGCUCGAUUUCCCCCCAAAUUUUUUGAACACACUCGGCUUAUAAUGUCACAACAACAACAACAACAACAGCAGCAGCAGCAGCAACAGCAGCAACAAUCGCAGCUUCACAACAAUAUCAACAACUCAUCGGGCAAGCAAAGAAAUAAUGGAAAAGGGAAAUUUCUGACACGAAGCCAUGCGAUGCAUGAAUGCACAUCACCGCCACAAACGCCAACACCCCGAUCAUCCGGAAAUAAUAGCAGCCAAUCGACAGUGUCACUGAUCAAUGAACCGACCACAAAAGCAGACAACAAUAGUAGCAACAGUAAAAUGUCAUCCCAAUCGCCAAUCACCGUAAAUGCCACCAGUAAUAAUACCAUGCAAAGCAACAACGCACAGCAAUCGUCUACAACAACACCGAAUUUGUUUGCGCCCAAUGGCAAUCUCAACGUAUCGCAACUAGACUUAGAAUUUCCAAAAUUAACGCCGCCAAAGUCGAAAUCACCUCGGAACAACAAUAACUCUACUAACAACAAUAACAAUACACAACACAGUGCUGCUGCAGUUAAUAGUAAUUCCGAUCACAGUAGUUCUAGUAGUAAUAACAAUAAUGAGAACACAGGCGAUGGCAAUGGGAUUAACCACGAAUGUGUAAAUGAAAAUGCUGCAGGAUCAGCAGCCGUUGUACUGUCUCAAAAUUCAGCCGAUUUAUCAACGAAAUCUCAUACACUGGAUGUUGCCAAAGCAGGCAACAGCGCGUCAAACAUGGUCAGCUGCACUAUAUUGCUGAACGAUGUGGAAAAGAAAUGUGAUUUAUUGUUACAAGGUACUCAACAAAAUUGUAUCGACGAAAAUUUUAGUGAUAAGGACAAAUCUAACGCCGACGAAAGUUCAAACGCUGUCGAAUUUGUAUAUAAGAAAAAUCGAAAUAGUUCCAUUACGAAAAGCGGAGGCGGUGGUGGUGGCGGCAGCAGUGGAAAGUCCAGACAAAAGCAAAAUUACGGAUACGAUAAGUCGAACAGCAAUAAUGUUGGUCAAUCGGAACCAGCACAGAAUACCACUUCCAAUGGUUGCCAAUCGGACUAUUUUUCUGUGGAAAAUGCAACAGAUCAUUUCACCGAUCAAAGUGGCGUUGAUUUGUUGCAAUUCUUCAAGAUAACGCUAAACAAAAACGCCAAGGAUCGUUAUAUGCUAUUGCGAAUCGAAAAAGAGUUGGCCGCUUUAGCGCAAGAUCAAAGUCGUGACGUUAUCAAGUUCCCCACAAUGUCUUCGUACAAUCGAAUGCUGAUACAUCGAGUGGCGGCAUGGUUUGGAAUGGAACAUAAUGUUGACAGCACAGUGCAAUGUGUCAUUGUGAAUACAACCAAAGCGACUCGAUUACCCGAGAUUCGAUUUAAGAGCCUGCUCACCGACACAUUCAGCGAUGAAACACCCAGUCGCAAAAGUAUUUUAAAACGAGAUACACACAGCUUCGAUGAAUAUCGACAAGGAUUGCUGGCAUGUCCAGAUCGUGGAAAUUUGCUCGACCGCAAGGCAAAAAGCUUCGAAGAACGUGAACAAGAGUAUGAAAAAGCCAAGCGACGCAUAUUCAAGGACAUGAACAGUGAAUCGAUCGAACAGUUCUGGCAGAAUUGGCACUCGGGUGACGGUUUGAAUAAUACGAGCAGCAAAAAUAGUAGCAAAAAUAAUGUGGACGCUGGUACAGAUGAUGAUCAUCAUCCACACAAUCAUCAAUCGCAUCAGUCAAAUGAAGGCGGCCGCCUGGAUAGACGACCAAGCGUGGAAAAGAGCCAUAGCUUUGGCGGGUAUGGGCCACAAUCUCAAACGCGCAUCGUUCGCGGCGAUUCCGUUAAUUCGACGAAAAGUGCUGUGUUAAACAAACAAGAUUCGAAUCAACAUACAUGGCGUUUGUCACCAUCCAGUAGCGGGUACAAGACACAAUCGCAGUCACUUCGCUCCGACUCAGUGACACCGUCUCCCAGCUAUGGCAGCGGAAGUCAUACACCCGAACCGAUACAGUCCGUGUCAUCGGGCAUCGUUUGGGCGGUAACCGAUAUGGCAAGCGUUCCAAAAGGCAGCGUUCUCAUCGAUCCGCAAACAUUAAAACCGCUCGUAAAUCAAGACGGAUCGAUCUAUCAUUUUGAUCCGAGCAAUUUGCCGCCCGGCAACAAGCUACAAAUACCGAAUGCUUCGCCAGCAAAUACUCCGUCGCCAACAUUGUCGGUGAAUGAAAACUCGAGCGCAGUUCCGUUGUCGCGAAAGAAAAACCACAACAAACCGACACACGUUAGUGUUGUCGACGAAUCGGUCGUCGUUGUACAACGCACAAGUGAAAAAUGUGAUAGAGAAAACGUUUCAAAUGCCACCGCUGCUGCCAUACGUGACGAAAAUGGUGGCGGUGCGUGCAAGCCGGAAAUCGAAGUUUCAUCCGAGUUAGAAGUGACUUUACCGGAGCCAACGAAAAAUAUUUCAAUGAAUUCACUGUUGUCGCCACUAAAUCAAACAUACAACAACCAAGAAAUACAAGACAAUAACUUGGAUCGAAAGGCAGACGAUAACUGUCAAGAGGCUGUAGUGCAUCUAAAUGUAAAGAGUCAAUCGACUAGUCCAAAUAUUCCAUGUGAUUCGGAGACUUUCCAAUUGAAUCCCAGCGAUCAAUCCACUCCAACUAAUGUUGAUGAGAAUUUGAAUCAGGCAAGCAAUGAUAGUAAGGGAUCGGCAUCCAACGGGACUGCCAAACAGACGAUAAGCGAAAAAUCGGCACCGAAUACAGCCAAUCCAAGUGUUUACACAGGGAAUAAAAAGGAUGAAAUUAAGAUUUUACCAGCGGUUGUGCCAGUUUUAGGAUAUACAGCUGCUCCGCCAAACAUAUAUCCACCAAUUGAAGGUGGCGUUCAAUUUGUUACUGGAACGCAACCAACACAACCAACCACAUUUCCAACAACAUAUCAACAAGGCCUGGAUGGAAGCAUUUACGCUGUUCAACAGCCUAUGAUAUACGGAUAUCCAACAGUGGACAACGAAUAUUCGGGAGGAAUAUUUGUGCCAAUGUACGAUCAAGGAGGUGCACAGGUGCCAGUUAGCACACAACAGAAUGAGCAAACUGCAACAACAACCGACUAUCGUCGAAACUGUAGCGUUCCGCUAGCGUUCUUCGAACAGCCAUCCACCGCCAUGGCAGUGGUACCAGUUGCGUAUCCAGCCACAUCAACAGCUGCACAAUACGCUCCUUCUCACAAUAUCUAUCAAGGGCAAAUACUUUACACAUCAGAUCAAUAUAAUCCAGCGACUGCGUCUAAUAAUCAAGUUCCACAAUACAUCAACUAUCCAGUUGGUUACACUUAUCCGUACAACGCAGGAGCUGCUGCAUAUCCCUAUUGGGGACAAGCAAUGACUUACUACGUUCCGCAAACGAUGCAGACACAAACCACGGCGGUAGCUACGAACAAUACAACAAACGCAAUUUCGAAUAAUAAUAACGAUAGUAACGGAAAUAAAGCACACAUUCAGUCGCCACAUAGCAUUCAACCACAUCCGAGUUCAGUAGCAAAGACACCAUUAUACGCAUCAAAUUCAACAAACGAAACUAAGUCGAUAACGACACCGAAUGCUGCCUCGCAACCGAACGUUUUUCAAUAUCCACCGACUAUGACAUCUGCCCCAUCGACGUCAUCCACGUCAAUUACGAACUCAACAACGACGAACGCCACUAAUAACUCAGCCGUAGCAAUGACAUCGGUUCAAUCGUUACCAAACACAUCGCUUAGCGUAAGUUCGUCGUCAUUGCCGACAAACAUUGGGAACGAUAAUCCGAAAUUAGUAUCACAUAUACCAAACACAGGCCAUCCAUCCCAUCGCACGAAAAAUCAUCAAGCAUUGCUGUCCACACCGAAUGAUAGUUUGAAACCAAAUAAUUCUAACGCGAACACCGAUGAGCCUGAUUCGAAAGACUUUUCAAAUCAUUCCAGCACGAGCUACGAACGAAAGAAAAACCUACAAAACUCGAAUCGAAAGCCAUUCGUUGGUGGUGGUGGUGGUGGUGGCGGUGGUCCAUAUCGGCCAAAUGUCGGUAUAAAUAGUCACAAUUCGAAUUCACUAUCGAUAAACAAUCAAUCGUUGGGUCAACCAUCGAUGCCAAAUAAUCCGGGCAUCAGUCGAAAGGGGCCGUUAAUUCAUCAUCCCAUUCCUGAAUCGAGUGGUAAUACGCAUAUUUUUACUAGUGGUGCUGGUCAUCAUCACGCUGAAAAUACGCCGCCUGCAUAUAAUCGAGCCAAUAACACACAGAAUAGUUCAUCAGCACCCCACAUUGAACACUCCGAAAAAAGGCCAAUCAAUCACAAUAAACCAUUGAUCGCAACAUUGCCGUUAAGCAAUGUACAUAAUCAUUAUGAUCGUACGCGUGCUCCUCGUCCCAAACCGCUGGAUUUGCGUCGCAAUGUUAGCAACCGAAAUACGCCGAGUACAAAUUCAACCGAAAGCAACAAUUCGCCCAACAGCAUCGUGUCAAGUGAUCAACAUCAUUCACAUAAUCAUCACCAACAGCAACAUUCUCAGAUACAAACCAGUUCAUCGUACGUUAGCGGCACCGUAAACACAUCGAUAAUGAAUCAAACCGGAAUUCAACCGAACAUUGGGCCUAGAGUGGUAAGCGCGACGAAACAUAAAGCAGUGCGAAUGUACCAUGGUGACAUUUCCAACACAAAUUCCGACUCACAUUCAUUGGCAUCGCCAUCGUCUGCAUUGUGUGGUGAACCGUUUGCAUACAAUCCACAUUCGGGAAUGUAUAUAAAAUUCGGGAAAACUUAUUUUGCUCAUUCAAUGGCAUUUCCGAACAAGGCUCAGCAAAACGAUAUUAGACAAUCACUGCCGCCUAUUACCGGAAUUUAUCCAACGAUGAACAUGAUGCUAACAGGUUAUCCAACAGCAGCCCGUCCACAUACAGUAGGACCGCGACCAUCGCACGUCAAUCCAAACUAUAAUAAAAAUAAUCGAACACCUAGAUAAGAAACUUCAUCUACAUUCAAUCCGAUUCGCAACACACUUUCAGCUAAAUAAACGUACUGAUCACACUCCAAA